AAAAAAAUCUGACUAUAUUAUAUUUUUUAAAACUAAAGGAAGGAAAAGAAGGCUUCUUAUCUAUCAUAACCAGAGAACUGAAACACUGGGAAAAUGGCGACCUUAACACCUUCCACUCUGCAACUCACAAAAUCAAACUCAAUCUUCUCACAAUCCCCCAUCAAACUCCACGCGCCAUCUUACUUCUCCUUCACCACACGCGCCACCACGGACGAAUCCUCACCGUCCGACACAGAAGAAGAAACCGAAACAUCCUCGGACCUGGACAGCUUCGAGAGUAAGCUGUCCCAAGUCCGGCUCCGGUAUCGAAGCGGAACGGGUAAAAAAGCGGAGCUCCGAAAGACACGAAAGGGCAAAACAGCAACAGCCGGAUCGGGGUCCGGGUCGAACAUGUUCCUCCCGCCAAUUCCACUGAAGGAACCGGUAUCUGAUGGACUAAAUGUCGAAUUCGGGUUCAGCCCGUAUUCGGAGCGGGUCAAUGGCCGGAUCGCGGGUCUCGGGUUAGCAGCUUUGCUAUUAGUGGAACUUGCGACAGGUAAGAGCGUGAUUAAUUAUCACACGCCGUCAAUUGUGUUUAUUCAGAUUUAUUUUGUGGCGGCUUUAGCGGCUGUGUAUUUGAAGUUUGAGAAAGAAAAAGUUAGUGUUUGGCCUAAAUAGUUAGUUUACCUGCUAAGCAAUGAGCUGCCUUUGUUGAGCUCAUUGAGAAUCUUUUUUCCAAUUUGUUGAACAGUUUAUUAUACCAUUAUUAAAAUGUGCAUUUGUAUUA